AUGCUGUUCCUAUGGUUGUUGUCCGUGGUCUCCGCCUCAACUGUCGCUGUGCCAGCACCCGAAGCUCGUGGGCAAAGCAAGAGGGCACCUCACACCCAGGUGGAAGCGCCUAAUGUGGUGCUGGUCGUGAGCGACUCCUUCGAUGGAAGACUCACAUUUCAACCAGGAAAUCAGGUAGUGAAACUUCCUUUUGUCAACACCAUGAAAGCUCAUGGCACUACCUUUCUCAAUGCCUACACAAACUCUCCAGUUUGCUGUCCUUCACGAGCAGCACUAUGGAGUGGCCUCUUCAUUCAUUUGACAGAAUCUUGGAAUAAUUUUAAGGGCCUAGAUCCAAAUUAUAUAACAUGGAUGGAUGUCAUGGAGAAGCAUGGCUACAGAACACAAAAAUUUGGAAAAUUGGAUUAUACUUCAGGACAUCAUUCUGUUAGCAAUCGUGUGGAAGCAUGGACAAGAGAUGUGGCUUUCUUACUAAGACAAGAAGGCAGGCCAGUGGUUGAUCUUAUCCCUAAUAAGACCAAAGUAAGAGUGAUGGAAAAAGACUGGACAAAUACAGACAGAGCAGUAAAGUGGUUAAGAAAGGAAGCAGUUAAUUACACUCAACCCUUUGUUCUCUAUUUGGGAUUAAAUUUACCACACCCUUACCCUUCGCCAUCAUCAGGAGAAAAUUACGGAGCUUCAACUUUUCACACGUCUCUUUACUGGCUUGAAAAAGUAUAUGAUAAUGCCAUCAAAAUCCCAAAGUGGUUGCCUCUUUCAGAAAUGCACCCUAUAGAUUAUUACUCAUCUUAUACAAAAAACUGCACUGGAAAGUUUACCAAAAAAGAAAUUAAGAAUAUUAGAGCAUUUUACUAUGCUAUGUGUGCUGAGACAGAUGCCAUGCUUGGUGAAAUUAUUUCGGCCCUAAAUCAGUCAGAUCUUCUCCACAAAACUAUUGUCAUCUUCACUUCAGACCAUGGGGAGCUGGCCAUGGAACACCGACAGUUCUAUAAAAUGAGUAUGUACGAAGCCAGUGUCCAUGUGCCUCUCUUGAUGAUGGGACCGGGAAUUAAGCCCAACCUGCAAGUGUCAAAUGUGGUUUCCCUUGUGGAUAUUUACCCUACUAUGCUUGAUAUUGCUGGGAUUUCUCUACCUCAGAACUUGAGUGGAUACUCUUUGUUGCCACUCUCCUCAGAAAUGUUUAAAAAUGAAUGCAAAUUCAAAUAUUCACAUCCACCUUGGAUCCUGAGCGAAUUCCAUGGAUGUAACGUGAAUGCCUCCACCUAUAUGCUUCGAACUAACCAGUGGAAGUACAUAGCUUAUUCUGAUGGUGUGUCGGUGUUGCCUCAACUUUUUGAUCUUUCCUUGGAUCCAGAUGAACUAACAAAUAUUGCCACAAAAUUUCCAGAUCUUACUUACUCUUUGGACCAAAAGCUUCGCUCAAUUAUAAACUACCCUAAAGUUUCUGCUUCUGUCCACAAGUACAAUAAAGAGCAGUUUAUCAACUGGAAAAAAAGUACCGGGCAAAACUACUCAGAUGUCAUAGCAAAUCUGAGAUGGCAUCAGGACUGGCUGAAAAAACCGAGGAAGUACAAAAGAGCAAUCAGUCAGUGGUUAAAGGCUCACAUUAAUCCAAGAGUUACUCAGAAAUCAUUUUCUAGAGCAACUUAUUAA